AAUUUAGUGAUUCUUAGCCAACAUACGGGCAUUUGCCGGAAACUUUCGAACAUUACGUAGACAGUCACGUGAUUCAAGCCCAAACACGCAGCAAGAAGGAAGAAAAUCUGUUUAAUUUGACAAGAAAACACGGCUUAAAAAUUGAUUCAGACAUGUCAUCAGGUACCAGGGUCUAUGUUGGACGAAUUCCUGGAGAUGCAAGAGAAAAAGACCUCGAAAGAUUUUUUAAAGGUUAUGGCAGAUUGAGAGAAGUGUUAAUGAAGAAUGGAUACAGCUUUGUUGAGUUUGAUGAUCCUAGAGAUGCCGAUGAUGCAGUCUAUGAGCUCAAUGGGAAAGAAUUAAUGGGUGAAAGGUUAAUCAUAGAGCAUGCCCGUGCCUCCCGAGGCAGGGAGCGAGGUGGUCCGAGGGGAGGUGGUAGAUACGGGGAUCGUGGAGGAUAUGGCGGUGGUGGUGGUGGCCGCUAUGGGGAUCGUGGUGGCCGUGACAGAUAUGGCAGUGGUGGUGGUGGUGGUGGUGGUUAUGGAGGCGGCAGUGCUGGUGGCCGAAGCAGGUUUGGGCCACCACAGAGAACAGACUACAGACUGAGAGUUGAGAACUUGUCAUCUAGGGCAAGCUGGCAGGAUCUGAAAGACCACAUGAGAAAUGCUGGAGUCGAAGUCUCAUUUGCUGAUGCUCACAAACAGAGGACAGGAGAGGGCGUGGUAGAGUUCACAUCGGAGUCCGACAUGCAGCGUGCCAUAGACAAGCUGGACAACACAGAGAUCAACGGCAAGAAGAUCAAGCUGAUAGAGGAGGGCCGCGGUGGUGGCAGGGGAGGCAGCAAGGGGGCCAGGAGAUCUGACAGCAGGAGUCGCUCCCGUUCAGAAGAUAGUCGCAGCUCACGCAGUAGCCGUUCAAGCUCGCCCCCUCCUAAGAAACGCUCCAGGACAAAGUCUGGGGAUGACGAGGAAGACGACUGAGCUGAUCGUUGUCAGAGAGAAACAGUCAACCACAUUAUCUCUUAUUCACCUGCAAGGUGCAUGUCAUGUGUCCAUUUAGUUUGACCCAUUGAGUCAAUUGCUCCCUUUGCCAUUAAAUGUGGUCUGUGACAUGCACUUUUGUAGUAUUGUUGAUGGAACUUUGAAGUUCUGUUUUGUACAACUGCUGGAUGUUGUACAUAAUUUCACAAGAUCAUGUAGGAUUUUUAUCUGUAUCAAGCCAUGUUCGUCAUGUCUUUGUUUAUCACAAUGUUUCUGAUAUUUUUGUUUUAUUCUUUUCACAAAUGAGAUUUGUGAUGAAAGAAUAUUAAGGUGAGAACAAUCUAGCAAGUGUGCAUUGUAAAGGACUUGUUAAUAAUAAUAAUAACAAUAAUGCUUUAAUUAUUUGUGCAUGGUUUAAAGAAAAAUGUUGCUUGCAUAACACUUGUACCCACAGACAUUUCUAGUGAAUGUCUAAGUACCAAUCAUUAUAUCAUAAAGUCCAGCAAUACAUUGCAUCACACAUCAUAAAAUAUUUUGUUUCAUUUGUCAUGCUUUCAUUUGAAAUUCGUUCUUGCAACUACAACUGUUGCUAUAGUUUUGUCAUUCCAAUUUUUAAGUAGUUUUUCAACCAAAGUGAUCAAAGACAAUAUUUUCUCAUGUAUACCAUUGGUUUGGGACUGCAAGCUGGUACAAUUAUGCAAUCCUAAGUAGAGUAAGCAAAACGAGUACGCUUUAACAUUUCAAGUGAUGCAUAAAACUUAAAGCGACUGAGUCUAUAUAUUUUAAAUACUCUAUUUUAUUGUUCAAUAAGGUAAUUAUUUUUCAGACAUUAUUAUUAAGUAUCUUUUUUAUCGCAAAUUUCAUAUAUCAAUUAAUAUUUGUUUACAUUUUGUUUGUCAUUGUUAGUACCCAUUUUGUGAAACAAACAUGUCAUAAUUAAUAUUGUAAAAUUAAACCUAUUCAUUCUUUUAAAAA